GAACGCCCCGCCUGCAGCCCGCCCCCGCCAUCUGCGCUCCGCUCCGCCUGCUUGGGAUCAGCCUUUGGUGAUCUCCAGGACCCAAGCUUUCGGUAUUAUCUUCGGGACCGUUUCACUGGGAGUAGGCUUCUUUGGCUGUGGGCCUUCAGCAGAUGUCUGCCAUUUCCAACAUGAGAGUCUUCCUGCCUGUGCUGCUGGCAGCGCUUCUGGGUGUGGAGCAAGUCCAUUCCCUGAUGUGCUUCUCCUGCACUGAUCAGAAGAGCAAUAUGAACUGCCUGUGGCCGGUUUCAUGCGAGGAGACAGACAAUUACUGUAUCACGUGGUCUGCUGCUGCUGGCUUUGGGAAUGUCAACCUUGGCUACACCCUGAAUAAGGGCUGCUCCCCGAUUUGCCCCCGUGAAAAUGUCAAUGUCAACCUCGGUGUGGCAUCUGUGAAUAGCUACUGCUGCCAGAACUCCUUCUGCAAUAUCAGCACAGCUGGUCUCGGACUUCGUGCCAGUAUCCCAUUGCUGGGCCUCGGACUCCUGCUCAGCUUGCUGACUCUGCUGCAGCUAAGCCCCUGACGACCCCCAGGUGUUCUCCAUAUCCCCCCAGCUCAGGAAAAGCCCAGCUCCUUUUAGGUCCCAGGGGACCCUAGGAGCCUUCAGUUCCUCCUGGGUAUGUCUAGUUCCCCUCCACACUCUCUCAGCAUCAGGGUUAAGUACCAGAUUCACCCAUAUCUGCUCUGUUGAAAUGGUACUAGCUACCCUUGCUUCCAGAGCUAAUCCUCUCACCUCCCUUGGGGAACCAGGGAAGGGGUGAAGUAUCUCCUUGGAGUCUCAAGAGUACCAGAGUCAGCCCUGAAUCUUGGGGACACACUGACAAGGAUGUCUGACCCAAAUGAAUGAAUGCACAUCUAUGUGUUCAGUGUAUCCAUCUGUGAAUGAAGCUACUUGGAUUCUGGGUGGGCAAAGAAGACCAGAAAGAUUCUGGAGCAGAAGAAGGCCUGUGUCUCUACUAAAACCUGGUAUCUAGCCUUCCCCUGCUAUCACUGUACCUGCGUUGUACUCUGUUCAGGAGACUGCCCACGGAGGACUGCCACCCCUCCAGAUGAAGAAGGCUCCCACCCCCAGAUGCCGUUGAGUCCCUAUCUGCCCACACUGGCUUCCUGCUGCUCUUCUAGUGCCUCAAAUAAAUGGUUCCCACCCAUUCCGGCAAUGUCCUGGCUGUCCCUACCCUCUUCACCUUGCAGUCUUCCCCCUCCAGUCACAAGGGACCUGGGGAUCCUGCAAGCCCACAGCUCUGGUUAAGCGAUCCUGAAAGACCAGCCUAAUAGAGUGAUAUAUUCAUUCCUUUGAUGCCAGCUAAGUAAAAGCAGAGAUAUCUGGGAGGCCGGCCUGGUGCAUAGCAAAUCCCAGGAAUCUCUCUAGGCCCAUUUAGUGAGACAGGCCUGAGAGAAAAGAGGAAACAGAGAAGAGAGAAAGACAGAGCCUGAAAGUGUGCAGUCUCAGACUGAAAGUCAGCUGAGACGUUCAGCUACCCAUAAAGGCAGGCCCAUCAGGCUGGUCACACGUUCCCAAGCUCUGUCUGCACCGGAGAUUUCAGAGGCCUGCUGUUGCCCUCUGUCCUUCAUAAACUACACUAUAGUUUAAGCUGUGGAAGUCUGGCCGAAGCAAGUGAUAUUUGUCCACCCUAUAACUGACUUUGAUAUUCUUUUUUUUCAUUUUUCCUGGAAUUUUAAGAAAGUCUCACUAUGUUAAGACUAGCUGCCCCCAAACCCUGAGUAAUCCUGCCUCUGCCUCUUGAGUGUUGGAAUUAAAGGGAUGCACCGUCA